AUGCUUCAGUAUAAAGCUUGGGCUGUCACUCUGAUCCUUCUCCUUGCAAAUACCCUUACUGGUAAGAUCUAAAGUGCUUUGAUCUGGCUUCAGAUAUGCUUUGCUUGCUGAAUAUAGGUUCCUGCUAUCACCAUACCCGGUUAUACUGUUGAACUAAACAGGAGUCAAAAAGUCAUUGGGAAAGGGGGGGAUAAUCUAGAGUUCUUAGUGUAUUCUACAGCUCAAAGUCAAAUAAUUGCAACUCCAAAUACUCCACUGUCCUUAGACAUUGGAGAGAGUAUUUAUUAUUAAAUCUGUCAAAUGAUUAAUUACUUUAAAAAUGUAGUUAUUCAUCCAGUAGGCUGAUUCAUUUAGGUACUGAAAGGGCCAUGUUGCAUUUCUUUUCAUCAGAUAUUGUGCAUUAGAUGAAUGCUGUAUCUUGCCAUCCUAUACAAGAUGAAACCCUAGUUCCAGGGUUUUGCUUAUGUGGAGGUUUUCUCAUAGACUGACAGACACGCCCAGUUGAUUGGGGCAACUGGUUUGAGUACAAUCUUUAACUCACAGCUAAUAAAUUAAAGCUCAUGGCUUUAAAUUCUCACCCCCACCCUUCGCUCAGAAACAAAUUCUGCAUAAUAGCAGAUUCAGAAAUGUCGUAGUACAAGGGAUCUAUCAUUCCUCCUGCCUAUGCUAUUUACAGAUCUUGACAAUGCUGUGUAAACAUGUCUGUGUACACACACACACAUACCCAAUAUAUGUGCCUUGCUUCUGAGUUCUUAGGCAAUACCUGUAUCCAGCUGGACACUAAAUUACAGAAGAGAAUUUAAAUUCAUUUUCCCCUCCCCUCCCCUCCCCUCUCUAGAAGUUGAUGCUAAAGCCAUCUCAAAGAGGCAUGUCCGUAAUGAUUGGAUGGUCAUACCUGACGCAGUUGCAUUUUAUGUGUUUGAUGCUGUGAACAAAGUGUCUCCUAAAACUGCUGAGUCCUUGUAUGGUGCUUUCCAGAAUCCAAUCAUUCUUGAGACAAGGUAUGUAUGGUGAUGAUGACACAUUUUUGUCAUUGGUGGUGGUGGUUCAAUUGUGGAGGUUCAAGCUACAGGAACAAGAUUAUAGAAAUAAACCAGCUUUACAGAGAAAAUAUGUACUUGGGAUAUAUGUCUCUGCCACUAAAGUGUGGACAACGUGUGUUUGUACUGGACUGGUUUACAAAAAAAUGCUAUAUGUGUGAACUUUUCUCUUUCAGCAUUGCACUGCUUUUGGCUAAGAGUAUUGGCAAACUCCAGUGGGUGGUAUAAUUGGUAGCAUAUUGGCAGAGAUGGGAUUCACCCGCUGUGUGUUUUGCCCAACCUGGGAGGCCAGGUACAACCUAGAACCUGCAAAGCACUUGAAAGUAGGGAUGGGGGACAAAUUCAAUUCAGUUUAAAUUUAAAACCAAACCUAUCAAAUCCACACUUUCCAGAACAGUGCAGAAUGCAAACCUUCAAAAUUCCCAUUUUGCCAUUCUCCAACCAACCAGUGCCUACAAAAAUGCAUAUCUCAGGGGAAAGUGUGCAUAAGAAUGAAGGUAUUAGUGAAAAUAACAUACAAAAAAUGUGUUAUAUUAGGGGAAAUUGCUUCCAAAAAUGUGUGCAUUAGUCAAAACUACACAUAAAAAAUGUAUGUGUUGGGCUAAAUUUUCACUAAAUUGCCGGUGAAUUUUCAUUAGUUAUUUUUUUAAAAAAUGCUGCAGAAAUGUGGAGAACUGAAUUUAAGAUUGGAAAAAUGAGAAGUUGAGACAACUGCAGUUAGCAGGUCCUUCCAUCCAUACCAGAAUGGGUUUCAUAUGAAUGCCUGCUACCUUCUCCCACCCCCACCCCAUCUUAAGGCUGCUACCAGAUGCAGACAAGGAUGGCUCAAACAAGAGCCUCCUCCCUUGCAUUUUUUUCCAGCCUGGUGAAGAGUUAUAGUGAACAUAAAAGCUUAUUGUGGCAUUCUGGUUGGCUUAAUAAAGGAUAAGAGCUGUAGAAUUUCCUGGGAGCUCUGAAGAACAUGGGUGGCCCUCUAUAAACCGAAUGAGGGAGCAAUAUAUCUUGGGAGGGUUCAGGUUGUGAAGCUUCCACCCAUGUCCAGCCUAUAUAUGUGUGAACCAUAAGCCCUGCAUCGCAAAAAUGCCACAAGCCUCCAGUGUCUUCCUCCCAAAGGAAACAGAUUUAGGGUACGCGGUGAAUCCCUGGAGUUCUCAACACUCAGAAAAACGAGGAAAGCAUAAAAAUACUGUGUAUGAAAUGUCGUCUAGCAUCUCAUCAUUACAGGUUUCUAUUUCCUUGCAGGAACUUCUUGAUAAAGACAACAACUGAAAUCAAUCGAGCAUUUCAACAACUGCUGGAGAAUAUAAAUGGUUUAUGGACAAAGGAAGAAGCAGAACCAGCACAGCACUAG